CUCGAGAGGAUCGGAUCGUUAAAGUAGAAAAUAGCCCACACUAUCGUUUCUCUUCUCUUGUUUUUCUUUUCCACUCCAAACCCACACUCGCUAUGCAAUACUUGAAGCUCUCCGUGUUAGCCGCCUUGGCCACUGCCGUCGUUGCCACCCCACCAGCCUGUUUGUUGGCCUGUGUUGCCAAAGUUGAAAAGGCCUCCAAAUGUGACGGAUUGAAUGAUUUGUCUUGUAUUUGUGGUGACAACUUUGAUAGUGUUGAAUCUUGUUUGAAGUCUGCUUGUCCAUCCGGUGUUACCGAUGAAGCCGUCUCUGCCUUUGAGUCUUCCUGUAAGGGUAAGACCAAUGCCAAGUCUUCCAGCAGUUCUUCUUCUUCUUCCAAGACUUCCUCCAGCAGUUCUUCUUCUUCCACCAAGUCCAGCUCUUCUUCUGCUGCUCCAACCACUUCUUCCACCACUUCCAGCUCUUCUUCUGCUGCUCCAACCACCUCCUCCACCACUUCCAGCUCUUCUUCUGCUGCUCCAUCCUCCACCGAAGAGACCACCUCCAGCUCUGUUGCUCCAUCUUCCACUGAAGCUUCUUCUUCCUCUGAAGUUGCUUCUUCUUCCGAAGUUGCUUCCUCUUCCGAAGUUGCUUCUUCUUCCGAGGUCGCUUCCUCUUCUGAGGUCGCCACUUCCUCUGAAGUCGUCACCUCCGCCCCAGCUACCACCAGUGCUGAACCUUCCCCAGUCGUGCCAACCACCGCCACCGAGGUCACCUCCAGCGCUCCACCAGUCUCCACCCCAUCCCACGCCUCCGACGGUGCUGCCGCCGGUCACGGUGUCUCCUUCGGUGCCGCUUUGGUCGGUUUUGCCGCUGUUGCCUUGUUGUAAUGAUACCCCAUAUACCCCCCCUUUAGUUUAAAAUAGAUGAGAUUUUUAUGAAGUCGCC